AUGGAGGACAUGUUCUGCUCCACCCUCCCACCCGAGACCAUGAAGGAGCUGAAGGACAUUGUGAGGGAAGGCUACCAUGAAGCCAAAGCAGGGAGGUUGGAAGUCCUCACCGAAGCGAUGGCGAGAGGUUUUCAGCGCUCGGCGGGCCCGUCAACGAGAUCGCGUCAGGAGGGUGUGGGAGGGGUUCGCAGCGGGGCUGAGCCUCGUGGUCACGAGCGGUCGGUUCCUCCGUCUUCUUUGGUGGGAGGACAUGUCGGCAGCCCGGUUGGAUCCCCACCGGCGCGUGGCCGUCGUCCCGUCGCCAAGCCCGUCAAGGAAGUCAUCGUACUCGACCAGUCGCCCCGCCCGAAGACCUCCGUAGCGGCUCCGAUCGAUCCACCUGAUGCGUUUGCUUCGAUGCGGGACAUGCUGCAAGGCCUGGGGAAAACGGGUGGGAAAGGAGUGGUCGCGGGGGAGAAAAGUGGUGCCCUGAACGAGCACGUCGCCUCGACCGGGAACAGAGCUCUAGGAAUGCAAGGUGCCUCUACCCCGUCAGGCGGCGGUGUGGGGAAAGGAGCGGGAGAAGCAAGCGCUGGGUUGCUGUCGAAGACUAAAGCGGCAUCAGCUGCGCAAGGCGGUGGUGCUGGCCUUGCUGUCGGGCUUGUGGGAAAUUGGGCGUCUUCCUUGACCCCUCCAGUUGCUCCUGUCGCCGCUGCUCCGUCCCUAGGCAACGUUUGUCUUAGCGAUCCGGGCUCCCCUUCAACGUCGAAGAAGAAGCCGGCUGCGACGAAGUCGUCGAAGCGCGCUGCACACGCGACAGAGAGCCUUGACGUGGUGGAGCUGGCCAGCGUCCCUGGUCAGGCGACUGUCGAGAAGACCUCUAUUGUCGUUGCUGCUCGACAGGAAAAGGCGAAGAAGGCCAGGGUCACGGGUCACACCCCACCUCCUCGAACGGACGACCAAGGCAAGACGAGAGGCUGCAAACGUCCGUUCAAAGGACCGGGUUUCGGGUUGCGGAAGGGGAAGCCGGUUUCCGAGCACACCGUCGGCGGGAGGAAGCGGUUCCUUGGCACUUUUGAAACAGAGAAGGACCAGAAGUUCUGUACGGCCGUCUACUGGCGCGUGUACUUCCCCGACGUUGUCCUUACGGAGUACGAAGGGUACAUGGCGCAGGAUGAGGAGGACUGGAAGGUCUACCUCGAUGCGGCCGCAGAAAUGCCAGCCGGCGUUUGGAGCGUGGCGCAAGAACAAGGGGAAUGUCGUUUCGACGAUUACCUGUCGCUCUUGGCGACGGAAAAAAAGGAAGUGAAAGCUGGAACCGAGAGGGGAAUCGCGCUGUGCGUGGCGAUUGGUAAGGUCGCGACGCUUGGCCUGAAGCACGGUAAUCUGAUUUACCCGAUCCGGAAGGGCAUGGCGGCGACACCGCACAUGAUGGCCAUCGCAGCAGCUGUGGCGAGCUUGUGGGCGGCCAGCAGGAAGUUGUCGAGGGAGGAUAUUAAGAAGGAUGCCCUAGUUGCCGCAAACGCGGCGAUCUACGCCCCGAAGACUGCACAGAAGGCUUGUGUGGCUGCCAUGUCUGCACUCGUGUCCAUACUUUUGCACGUCGGCAAGACGUUCCCGGCAAAGCAGUGGCCCGAUCACCUGUAUUCGUCGGCUGUCAAAGGUCUCGGCUCGACGGACGCCAUACUGCUGCAGAUGCUGCGCGUGGCAGCACAGGUCUGUACGCAAUGGUGCUGCUGUCGAGCUGCUGCCCGCUUGCUGGAGGACGCGGGCUAUGGCAGCCUGGCUAUGCCAGAAGAAAAGAGCAAGGCGAAGCAGGGCGACGAGGAUGCAGCUGAGACGGAAACGGGCGGGCAAGGGGAGUAG